GCUCCCAGUGUUGAAAGAUCCUCGCCGCCUCACCCACCCAUUGAAUAUCAUUUCUGUUCUCUUCCAGUAUCGCCCUUCUUGAGCGUCGUGAGCGUACAGCCUGCGACUUUCCGUCAGUGUAUGUGACGUCAUAGUGCGUCUUGCGUCGGACGGCCGCUCACAUCGUACAAUAUUGGUCGUUUGUGCAACGCCAGCGUGAAGGUACAUCAUUUUCGGGUUCCAUAUCCAAGCAUAAGCGGAUAGCCAAAGGAUUUUGUUGUUGUGCAGUCAAAAUGUCGUUCCACGUCAAACGGAGCGAAACCGCUCGUCAGAAGGAGCUCACCGUGCAUAAAGGCGCGCGUACGACCACAUGGCUUAUUCCAGAAGCUCGUCGCAGUGUCCGGGAGAUUCAGCUUUUCCAUAAGCCUGGCGCUUAUAAAAACCUCCCUGACAGCCAUAAUCCAUUGAUUCCCCCGCCCCAUUGGCACUGGUACCAGGAGGAGUAUUUCACCGUGCUCCAGGGACGUUUCAUCUUCACACUUGAAGGUAAACAAAUUCCUGUUACACCAAAUGAUCCUCAGCCCGUCACCAUACCGCCACUGGCACGUCACACCUUCAAGGCUGAUCCGACAUGUGACGAACCGUGCAAGAUUCAGAUCGAGCUCGAGGUGUCACCGCUCGUAGACGAAAAGAUGGCAGAGGAGGAGCUCGGCGGCAACGAGCGCUUCUUCCGCAACCUGUACUGCUACCUCGACGACUGUGAGUCGCAAAACGUCACGCCCAGUCUAUUCCAGCUGCUCCUGUUUCUUCAUUCGGCUGAGGUGAGCCUUGCGUUUCCCGGGCCCGGAUGGCUUGCCCGCCCUCUAUCGUAUGCCUUCGGUUUGGUUCUGGGAAAGUGGGUCGGUGAAUAUGUCCUUGGCUAUAGGAUAUCAUAUCCCGAGUAUUACGAUCCAAGCAUGAUGAGCAAGAAGUCGAAAUGAUAUGGCCUUGGUAGAGAACUCCCAAAUUUUACGAGUCGUGCCCUGAUCACCAUUCAGACAAGGAAAGAACACGAACACAUCCAAUUGUUGUACCACAAUUUACAGGAACGAC